CUGCUACGGCCUACGACUCUCCAUUGUAGAUGGCCCUUUACGACUACGAUUACGAUACCUACGUCUCGUUCUCUGCCUUCGGCCUUACUUGCAGUUUUCGCACUUGACAUCUUCACUUUCUUUUUCUCCAGUGCUCGAGUAUAUAUUUAUCUCGUUUAAAGUGCAAAAAAUUUUGGGGAUUUCAAGCAACGCGAACAAACCUAUCUCGUCAUAAUGUGACAAUCCCAUGAAAGGCACGAAAAGAGCUAGACAGAGCUAGAGAGAUCGAGUGGAUCGAGAAGGCAGUAAAAAGGUUGCUCCUCGGUUUCUUUUCUGUUUAUGAAUAAAGCAUCUCUAUUGCGUGCACCGUACGAGAGAAAAUGAUCUUGUCGAGGGCUAAGCCGGCCUCGUCGGAGGGCGUUCGAACGUCGGCGUCACGCAAGGAGAUACCGAAAUUGGAAGAGUUCUUGGAUAAGCGAGAUUAUACGGGCGCUCUGACACUACUCGAGUUCAAUAGCAGUAUCGGUGGUAGCCUGGAAAUGGAUCUGUGGAUGGGAUACUGUGCCUUUCACUUGGGCGAUUACAAGCGCGCGACGACAAUCUAUGAAAACCUGAGGAAGAAGGAUUAUGUACCACCGGACGUCCCGACGAAUCUAGCGUGCUGCUACUUUUACCUAGGCAUGUAUCCCGAAUCACAAAAGAUUCUGGAAGAGGCGGCGGACAGCAAACUGCGAACUAGGCUACUGUUUCACUUAGCUCAUAAGAUGGGCAACGAAUCCAAGCUGAUGGAAUAUCAUCGAAUGCUGCAGGAUGUUAUUGAGGAUCAGCUUAGUCUAGCAUCAAUUCAUUACUUACAAGCUCACUAUCAAGAAGCUAUUGAUGUCUAUAAGAGAAUUUUAUUGGACAACAGUUUAAAGAAAAGCACUAAGAGAUGUGACUCCAGAGCAGAUUCUGAAUUGUAUUUCCUUACCCAACUGCAGGAAAAUUGCAGAGAUUAUCUAGCUUUAAAUGUAUAUGUAGCUUUGUGCUAUUACAAGCUGGAUUACUACGACGUAGCUCAAGAGGUGCUUCAAGUUUACCUGCAGAAAUAUCCAGAUAGUGCAAUUGCAAUUAAUUUGAAAGCAUGUAAUCAUUUUCGUUUGUAUGAUGGAAAUGCUGCACAGGUUGAAAUGAAGCAACUUAUUGAAAAGAUAUCAAGUUCUUUCAAUUCUGGUCAUGAUCUUAUACGACAUAACACAGUUGUCUUUAGAGGUGGUGAAAAUGCUUUGCAAAUUUUACCCAAUUUGGUCGAUGUUAUACCAGAAGCCAGGCUUAAUUUAGUAAUAUAUUAUUUAAAACAAGAUGAUGUCAAGGCAGCGUAUGACUUGAUUAAAGAUCUGGAACCAGCAGUUCCACAAGAAUAUAUUUUAAAGGGUAUAGUUAAUGCCGUUAUAGGACAGGAGACCAAUUCUCGCGAUGGUAUAAAAAUAGCACAACAAUACUUUCAAUUAGUGGGCUCUUCAGCUUCGGAGUGUGAUACCAUACCUGGUAGACAAUGUAUGGCCUCCUUCUUCUUCCUUUACCGGCAGUUUGAGCGAGUCAGACUGUACCUGAAUUCAAUAAAAACAUAUUUCUCCAAUCAAGACAACUUUAACUUUAAUUAUGCUCAAGCGCAAGCUGGUGCGGGCUACUUCAAAGAAGCAGAGGAAGCUUUUCUCAUGAUACGUAACGAAAAAUAUAAAAACGAUUACAUUUACAUUAGUCUUCUAUCAUAUUGCUACAUAAUGAAUAAAAAAGCAGAAUUGGCCUGGGAGCUAUAUUUGAAAAUGGACACAUCGGCAGAAUCUUUCAAUUUACUACAAUUAAUUGCUAAUGUAUGUUACAAAGUGGGCGAAUUCUGGUAUGCCUCUAAAGCCUUCGAUAUGCUGGAGCGUAUGGAUCCAAGCCCUGAACAUUGGGAAGGAAAACGCGGCGCAUGCUGUGGUACUUUUCAGUACAUCAUCGCGGAGAAAUUACCCAAAGAACUGCUAUCGGAAGUGAUACAAACUCUGAAAAAUACAUCCAAUUCUCAAGUGGAGCAGAUAAUACGCGUUAUGCGUAAGUGGGGAAAGGAUAACAGAGUUAAUUGUUAACAUUUUAUCGAAUAAUAUCGUUAUCAAAUUCCGUCCAAAAAAAUACUUUCUAUAUUUUAUAAGUAACCAUAUGACACUUAAUAUGUGUAGUAUGCAUAUCGUUUUUAAAUAUAUUAGUUAUAACAAGAAAUUGCUCUUUGAUGAUUUUUAUAGAACAAUAAACUCUUGUAAAUCCUAUUUAAUAAAAUUAAAAAUUCAUAA